GGGGAGCAGUUUAGCUGCAGCACAGAGCCGGGCUAAAGUAGAGAGGCUAACCGCUAGUGUUACUGUUAUUAUUAUUAUUCAUAUUAUAAGCGUUUAUUCGUUGUUUAUUAAUGAUAUAGAUUUAAUAUUUCAUGGAAAGUUAGUGGCAGUGAACAGCUCACUUUCUAGACUGAAGAAUAACGCGCUGCUCUUUCAGAGCUUCUGUAAACAGUUCAGGUAACGUUAUACUAGAUUAGCUUAGCCAGUUAAAAUAAUAAUACUGAGUUAAAUAACCAUACUUGGUCUAGUUUAAAGUUUAUUCAGCUUGAAUAAAAAGGUCUGGUUUAUUUUAUAACCAUGGAUGAAGAGCCUGAGAGAGCUAAGCGAUGGGAAGGAGGCUACGAGAGAACAUGGGAGGUGCUGAAGGAGGACGAGUCUGGUUCCCUCAAAGCCACUGUAGAGGACAUUCUCUUCCAGGCCAAAAGGAAAAGGGUGUUCGAAAGUCAUGGACAGGUUCGGCUGGGGAUGAUGCGUCACCUGUAUGUGGUGAUUGACUCAUCGCGGACGAUGGAGGACCAAGACCUGAAGCCAAAUAGACUCACAUCUACCCUGAAGCUGAUGGAGUUUUUUGUGGAAGAAUAUUUUGACCAGAACCCGAUCAGUCAGAUAGGAAUCAUCACCACCAAGAAUAAGAGAGCGGAGAAACUGACUGAUCUGGCAGGAAACCCUAAGAAGCACGUAGCUGCCCUUAAAAAAGCAGUCGGCUCCACGUGUUUGGGGGAGCCCUCCCUGUACAACGCUCUCAACAUCGCCAUGCAGACGCUUAAACACAUGCCGGGACACACCAGCAGAGAGAUUCUGAUCAUCUUCAGCAGUCUGACCACCUGUGAUCCUGCUAACAUCUAUGAACUCAUCAAGACGCUAAAAGAGCUGAAAAUCCGAGUGUCAGUGAUCGGGCUUUCUGCAGAGGUGCGGGUGUGUACCAUUCUCACCAGAGAAACAGGAGGAAGCUACAAUGUGAUUCUGGACGAGAGCCAUUUUAAGGAGCUGUUGAUGUUACACGUGAAGCCGCCUCCCGCCAGCUCCUCCUCCGAGUGCUCCCUCAUUCGCAUGGGCUUCCCUCAGCACAUCAUUGCCUCUGUGUCUGAUCAGGACGCAAAGCCGUCUUUCAGCAUGUCGCACUUAGAAAGUGUGGAUGAAGGUCCUGGACUGACGCUCGGCGGCUACUACUGCCCUCAGUGCAGAGCCAAGUACACAGAGCUGCCUGUCGAGUGUAAAGUGUGUGGUUUGACACUAGUCUCCGCCCCUCACCUGGCUCGCUCAUUCCACCACCUCUUCCCUCUAGAUGCCUUUCAGGAGUCUCCACUGGAGGAGCACACAGGAGACAGGUUCUGCCAGGCCUGCCAAGGCGAGCUGAAGGACAAAAGUGUGUUCACGUGUCCUGCGUGUAGCAGUGUUUUCUGUACGGAGUGUGAUCUCUUCAUCCAUGACACACUACACUGUUGCCCUGCCUGUAUACACACACAGGGAGCAUCCUGAUUAAAGCCUUAAUCACACCAACCCAGCAUUACCUCACAUCUCCAAACAUCUCCAAACAUCUGCCAGAGUGUGUGUGUGCGUCUGUGCGUGAGGGUAGGGAGUCUCCGGAAGGUUCUUCUCCACUCUGUGUAGUGUUUGGAUCAUCAGGUAUUUUUAUAUAGACAUUAACACAACUACCAGGGCUUGUGUUAAAGGGGAAAUCACACAGUCAGUUACAAUAUCGGUAUAAUUAAAUAAUGAGGAUGAAAGUCAUUGAGAGUUGGUUUGCUGUGAAAUGGGGAUAAAUAAAGUCACUAAGAAAGUGUCUAAAGAGUUCAGCGCCUAUUAGAGCUUGGGUUAAAUGGUUAAUAUUGUCCUUUUGAGACAGUGAGUGCAUUUACAUGCACUUCAUAAUCUGAUUAUAGACAAACUUCUGCAGUUAUCUGAGUGAUUAAACAAGUACUCAUCUAAAGAGCAUACUCUGAUUUCUGAGAUUAAGAGUAAGGUUUAAAAAUCUGAUAAAAAGAGCUGGAUUUGAGCUCAGUUAUAAGAUUUCUCAGUGCAUAUAAACGUAACCGGAGUAUUCUGGGAUUUCUCAGACUGCGGAUGCAUAAAAACAGACCAUGGUAGUGGAAAUAAGCAAGCAGCUGCAAGAAGACUGGAGAUAAAACGCUUUCAGAGCGAAAUAAGUUAUUAAAUAAUCAUCUUCUAUCUGUUGUAUGAUCACAUUGGCUUUUUGGUUUUAAUAAAAAAAGACUGUGGCAUAAAGUUUGGGCUUUACAUGACGUUAAUGUCACAUCUUGUUCUGCAAGUCCUUUUUAUACCUUUGCGUCGAGUCAAUGUCUUGUCUAUGGGUGUAGCGUAGCCUGCGCUAGCGCCCUAAGCAGCUGCCCACAUUUAUAGCAGUUUAAACCAUGAAGGCAGGAAGGUGUGCAUAGGAACACGAGGUUUAGCGGACCAAUCAAAGCUGCUGAUGUCCACCUUGUGCAAUGCAGUUUCAUACAGUAGUAUAAAUUGAAAUAAAUAGUGGUAAGGCUGGUUGCAAAAUAAAAAUGGGAUUAUUCCCCAAUUCAUGAGUUUCUAUUAUCUGAUUUAAUAAAUGACACAUUUUUUUUAUUCUGCAGUCAUGUGAUUAUGAAGUACAUGCAAAUUUAGUCACUGUUGUUUUACAGAUGUGGUCUGAAAAUGAAUAUAUAUAUAUAUAUUAUACACGAUCACCCAUCCCACCCAAUCAACAAUCCAUAUGCAACUCAAAACACCUGGUGGUGGUAGUUUCACUGGUGGGUUUGGCUAUAUAUUUUUUUAUGAUCAGUGUAACAAAUAAAUCUGAAUAAGCGCAUUUCUCAACAAAGAACCAUUUCAUACCAAAUAUGCUCUAAAUGACUUGUUUGCAUCUCAUUUAAUAAAUUAUACUAAAAAAAAUAAAUAAAUGAAAUUCCCCUUUAAGAAUAAGUGCAGGGCUCAAUUGGACUAGGAAUUGUUUUGGUAAAUACAAAAAGGACUGUUUUAAAGCCAGUCAGUAAAAAAGCUUGUGGAAGCUCAAAGCUUAAUGUUCAAUUAAUGUGACCAAUGUUACGAGUAUUAUACUGCCUAUUUUAUAAUAUUUCUACCUGUGUUUACAUUAUGUAGACAAUAAAUGUCUGUCUAUAAUCAGAA